AAGAGAAUAUGCGGUUAUAGUACAAAUAUUCUAGCUUAUUUUAAAAUAGGCUCUAUUGAGUUCUCACUUACUGAAGGCUUCCACCGCUUAUUCUGUACUACUUCAGUUUAAGUACACCCACAAAGUGUUCACUUUUUUCUUUUGCAAAGAGAAUUCCGGAAAUGCAGCCCUGAGUAAUCGGAAGUGGUUGUUAGUGAGCGAGCAACACGUCAGGAAGGCCCGGAAGUCUUCGGAAUGGGAGAGGACUUUACGGAGAGGUGAACCCACUGAUCGAGUAGGACGUCCUGAAAAGCGAAGCCCCCUGAAAUCGGUAGAGUCUUUAGAGUGGUAGAACCUCGGAUUCGACGUCCAGGGACAGCGGUGGUGGACAGGCUUGCUUCCGAAACUCCUCUUACCCAUUCCACACCUCCCUCCCCAGGUGUUCCAGAAGUCGUGGGGUAUAUUUUCAUUGGUUAAAAAUGACUACUCUUGAAAUUUUAGAAACCAAAGUCACCCUUACUUCAGCCCCAAUCCGAGGAGCAGGAGAUGGAAUGGAAACUGAAGAGCCACCUAAAUCUAUUGAAGUUACUUCUGGAAUCCAACCCAUAAAGCAUCACAUCCUUAAGAGUCCGCAAAAGAAAGCAGUUCCCUCAGAGAGCCCAGGAGUUCUUCAGCUAGGGAAAAUUCACACUGAAAAAGCAGUGGAAGUCGAAGCUAUAAGAUUAUUGGUUCCCAAAGCUGCUAUAACCCAUAAUAUCCCCAACAAAAAUGCAAAGGUUAAGUCUCUGGGACUUCAUAAAGAACUCCUUGGUCAAUUGGAGGGAACUACAGAACAAAGGAAGGAACUCUCAGAGGUAAAGAAUAUAUUGGGAAAGCUCAAGUCCUCUGAAAGAAGGUUACUUCAGGAAAAAGAAGGUCUUUUAAACCAGCUGCGAGUACAGACUGAGGUUAAUCGUGAGUUAAAAAAGUUGCUGGUAGCUUCUGUUGGGGAUGAUCUUCAGUAUCAUUUUGAACGUCUAGCCCGUGAAAAAAAUCAACUUAUUUUAGAAAAUGAAGCCCUAAGUCGAAACACAGCUCAGCUUUCUGAACAGCUAGAACGCAUGUCAAUACAAUGUGAUGUGUGGCGAAGUAAAUUCCUCGCAAGCAGAGUUAUGGCAGACGAGUUAACCAACUUCAGAGCAGUUUUACAGCGCCAGAACCGCGACGCCCAGAGCGCUAUACAAGAUCUCCUGAGUGAACGGGAGCAGUUUCGUCAGGAAAUGUUAUCUACCCAAAAAUUAUUGGAGGAGCUCUUAGUUUCCUUGCAGUGGGGAAGAGAGCAAACUUACUACCCUAAUACACAACCUCACAGCACAGCAGAACUCGCAUUAACAAAUCACAAGUUGGCAAAAGCAAUAAGUUCUCAUCUUCUUGGAAAUGUUGGCAUGAAUGGUCAAAAAAAGAUUCCAUCAACAGUUGAAUUCUGCAGCACCCCAGCAGAAAAAAUGGCUGAAAAGGUUUUACGAAUUUUGGACCCAAAUACAUGUACAGAAAGCUCACCUGAUAAUCCAUUUUCUGAGUCUUCACCAACCACCUUACUUGCUGCAAAGAAAAAGAUUGGACGAUUUCAUCCCUAUACUAGCUAUGAAAAUAUAACUUUCAAUUGCUGUAAUCACUGCCAGGGAGAACUUACUGUCCUUUAACAAUUGUUAUGUUGGAGGCAUGCUAUAGGCACUUGCUAAUUACCCAAAAGCCACUAUGAUUUGGGAGCUGGGGUUCUGUUGCUAGUCAGAUCAUUUUCUACUUCAUUCUCUAUGUCAGUAAUAUAUAUCUGCAAAGAUAUUUCAUGUACUGGACUCCAGAUUACUGUUUCUUAGUAAAGAUCUCAGGAUAAGAAAAGUCAGCCUUUCCUUUAGGCUCUGAAUUAUAUAUCUUACUAUUAUUUUAUAUAAGCAGGUAAUCUAAGGCAAGAAUUGGCAAACUACAGCUGUGGUUCAUAUUAUAGUCACACGUAUUCAUUGUCUGGAUUUUUUUUUCCCACAGGUUUUGUGGUCCUUUACAGAAAGUUUUCUGACCCAUGUUCUAAAAAUAGCUGAAGGGCUGGAGAGACUGCCCUUUCCCUUUUUGGUAAUUUCUGAGAUAUAAAAGAGGCCUAUGGAAAUACUAUGGGUGAAGGAAUUAUUUUAAAAAUAAAUGCUUUAUGUUAGAAAAAUAAAA